GGGCUGGCCCGAUGGCGCCUCAGCGGAGGGGCGCACCCAAGGCGCACGAGGGCAGCGGGGCGGCCGAGCGCCGGCGCCCGAGCAGUCCUUCAAGCCCUGCAGCCACCAAGUCUUUCCUAGACAGAGCGCACAGCUGCUCUGUUACACACAGCAUGAAGAGCGUCCGGGCACCACGCGAGGUGUGGAGGAAGUGGCCGAGAGCCACUGUCCUGGGGGCCUGUGCCACACUUGCUGCUCUCCUGCUCUGGGGCAGUCUGGGGGGUGAUGACGGUGUCACCGAGGUCCUGGCUCACCGCAGUGAGGUCCUGCCCGGAAGGUUCAUCGAGGUGCCCUGCUCUGAGGACUAUGACAAUCACCGAAGGUUUGAAGGCUGCUCCCCUACCAAGUGUGGCCGGGGCGUCACCGACGCUGUCAUCACCAGGGACGAAGCCCUGCGGAUUCGCAGCAUAGCAGAGAAAGGGCUCUCCCUGGGAGGAUCCGACGGAGGGGCGUCCAUCUUGGAUUUGCACUCAGGCGCCCUGUCUGUCGGGAAGCACUUUGUGAACCUGUACAGGUACUUUGGGGAUAAAAUAGAAAAUAUCUUUUCAGAAGAGGACUUCCAGUUAUACCGGGACGUGCGACAGAAGGUCCAGCUGGCGAUCGCCCAGGCCUUUGGCAUCAGCGCAUCCUUGCUGUACCUGACGAAACCCACGUUCUUCUCCCGCAUUAAUAGCACGGAAGCCCGGACGGCCCACGACGAGUACUGGCACGCCCAUGUGGACAAGGUGACCUACGGCUCCUUCGACUACACCUCGCUGCUAUACCUGUCUGACUAUCUGGACGACUUUGGCGGCGGGCGCUUCGUGUUUAUGGAAGAGGGUGCCAACAAGACGGUGGAGCCCAGAGCCGGCCGGGUGUCCUUCUUCACCUCGGGGUCCGAGAACCUGCACCGUGUGGAGAAGGUCCACUGGGGCACACGCUACGCCGUCACCAUUGCCUUCUCUUGCAACCCCGACCACGGCAUCGCAGACCCAGCCUUCACGUAGCCGAGCUGCAGGCCCCUCCCUCCGGCCUGCCCCGUUGAACAAGGUGCCUUAGGAAUCACCCGGAUUUCGAUUUGCUAAUGUUUCAGUCGUUUUUCACCUGUGAGUAAAUUAAGGGAACCAGCUUUUCACCUCCCA